UUCCCGCGGGGACUAUCUCUUGAAAGACGACCAACCGCAGCCGAGAAUUUUGCCGUCGGGGCCAACCAGAGGCGAGUGGGGGAGAGGCGGAGGGUGGAAGAGGCGAGGUGUGGAAGCCCCGCCAGGCGGCGAGGAGAGAGUACGUUUCUCUCUGAAAAGGCAGGUCGCUCCGGCUGGUACCCCGAGGGGAGUAAAGGAGACGCAGCAGGGCGCGGAAGUGCUCGUACUCCCUGCUCGGGUGGGCAGGUGUCCGGGUCCAGCUUCAGCCACCAUGUCCCACCAGACUUCUCUGGGCACCUCAGUGCCACAAGCCAACUGCCUGGAUCUGUGGAGGGAAAAGAAUGAUCAGCUAGUUCGACAGGCCAAGGUGGCUCAGGACGCCGGUCUGCCUCUGAGGCGACAGCAGUUGGCUCAAGAUGCACUGGAAGGGCUCAGGGGACUCCUCCGUAGUCUGCAGGGUCUCCCUGCAGCUGUUCCUGUUCUCCAUUUGGAAUUGACUGUCAUUUGCAACUUCAUUACCCUAAGGGCGAGCCUGGCCCAGGGUUUCAUUGAGGACCAGGCACAGGAUAUCCAACAGGGCUUAGAGAGAGUGCUGGAGACCCAGGAGCAGCUGGGGCCCAGGCUGGAAUGUGGGCUCAAGGAACUGUGGAACUCCAUCCUUCAUGCUUCCUCCCCUCUGCUGGAGCUGCUGCCUGCACUUCAUCACCUGGCUGGCCUACAGGUUGCCCUCUGGCUGAGCACUGACUGUCUUGGGGACCUGACCUUGCUGCUGCAGACCCUGAAUGGCAGCCAGAGUGGGGCCUCUGAGGAUCUGCUGAUGCUUCUAAAAACUUGGAGCCCCCCAGCUAAGAAGUCAGAUGCCCCACUGACUCUGCAGGAUGCCCGGGGCUUGAGGGAUGUCCUUCUGACAGCAUCUGCCUUUCGCCAAGGCCUCCAGGAGCUGAUCACAGGGAAUCUGCACAGGGCACUGAGCAACCUGCAUGAAGCAGCCUCAGGUCUGUGCUCACGGCCUGUGUUGGUCCAAGUGUACACGGCCCUGGGGACCUGUCUCCGUAAGAUGGGCAAUCCACAGAGAGCUCUAUUAUACUUGGUUGCAGCCCUGAAAGGGGGAUCAAACUCGGGUCCCCCACUUUUGGAGGCUUCCAGGCUAUAUCGGCAACUGGGGAACACAGUGGCAGAGCUGGAGAGUCUGGAGCUUCUGGUUGAGGCCUUGAGUAUCACUCCUAGCUCUGAAGUCCCUCAUCUUCUUAUUGAGGUAGAGUUGCUACUCCCACGACCUGACCCAGCCUCACCCCUUCACUGUGGCACACAGAGCCAAGUCAAGCACCUGCUAGCAAGCCGAUGCCUACAGACGGAAAGGGCAGAGGACGCUGCAGAACAUUACUUAGACCUUCUGGCCCUGUUGCUGGAUGGCUCGGAGCCAAAGUUCUCCCCACCCCCUUGCCCCCCAGGGCCCUGUAUGCCUGAGGUGUUCUUGGAGGCAGCAGCAGCGCUGAUCCAGGCAGGCCGAGCCCAGGAUGCUUUGACCGUAUGUGAGGAGCUGCUCAGCCGCACAUCAUCUCUGCAUCCCAAGGUGCCCCAGCUGUGGGAAGAUGCCAGAAAAGGAACCAAGGAGUCGCCACAUUGCCCACCCUGGGUCUCUGCUACCUACUUGCUUCAAGGCCAAGCCUGGGUGCAACUGGGGGCCCGAAAAGAGGCAAUUAGUGAAUUUAGCCGGUGCCUUGAGCUGCUCUUCCGGGCCACACCUAAGGACAAAGAACAAGGGCCUCCUUCCAACUGUGAGCAGGGGUGUACGUCAAAUGUGGCACUACAACAGCUUCGGGCCGCAGCUCUAAUUAGUCGUGGACUGGAAUGGGUGGCUAGUGGCCAGGAUACGAAAGCGCUACAGGACUUCCUUCUCAGUGUGCAGGUGUGCCCAGGGAAUCGAGACGCUUCCUUUCACCUGCUUCAGAACCUGAAGAGGCUGGAUCGGAGGGAUGAGGCCACUGCUCUUUGGCGGAGGCUGGAAGCCCAAACUAAGUUGCCACAGGAAAAUGCUACAUGGUCUCUCCCUCUGUACCUUGAAACCUGUUUGAGCUGGAUCCGUCCUCCUGACCAUGAAACCCUUCUUGGAGAGUUUCGGACAUCUCUGCCAGAGCCUUGUGACCUGUAGCUGCCAUGUUUUGAAGAGUCUGAGCUGGGAUCCCAGUGGGCCAUCUUUCUCUGGGGAGUGCUUUCUGUUUAUCAUUCUUGGGGAAUGUGACUGGAGCUGACCAUUCCUAUAUAACUGGUUUGGAGAGGUUGGUGAUAGUCCUACAAAAUUUUUUGGCCUAGUUACUGUCCUCUGGUUCCAGAGGACCGCCCGCCCCUCCAGAGGACUGCCCGCCCCACUUUGCUUGUGGCACCUUUUUUCCUACUUCUCCUUGUGUUGAGUAAAAAUCUCUUAUCUAUUUCUUA